AGUUACGGAGGACGUGGAUCCGUGUGUUGAUCACGGACACUAUGCCAAUGAAGUUACAGUGGACUUGAAGCCGAUUGUUGAUCACAGGCAUAAUGCGAAUGAAGGUAUGGCUUUGGUGGACGAAAAGGCGAGUGUUGAUGAUGGACAUGAUGCGAAUACAGUUACUCUCUGUGAAGGUUCCUUGCCUGCGGCAUCUCAGGACCAGUACCAUUCACUCGUGUUUGUAGAAGAUGGACUGCAUUCCUGCCGUCAGUGUGCAUAUACAACCAGGAUUAAGGCGAACAUGAGAGUACACCUUCGCCGACACACAGGGGAGCAUCCCUUCCAGUGUCACCUUUGCCCGGCUACUUUCACUGCGAAAUUCCAUCUCACAGAGCACAUUCGCACUCAUACCGGAGAGCGUCCUUUCUCCUGCACGCAGUGCAAUGCAUCCUUUUCACUGAAACACAACCUGAAGGAACACUUGCGCACCCACACAGGAGAACGUCCCUUUUGCUGUGUUCACUGCAGUAAAUCCUUUUCAAAGAAAUGUAACCUGAAGCAGCACAUGCGCACCCACAUGCCCAACCGCAUUAUAGAGCGACCCUUUUCUUGUGGCCAGUGCAAUGCAUCCUUCACAUCCAGAUUCCAAGUCAAGCAACAUAUCCGCACCCACACAGGAGAGCGUCCUUUCUCUUGUCUCUACUGCGAUGCAUCCUUUUCACGAAAGCGGGAUCUCAGGAGUCACGAGCGCAUCCACACAGGAGAGCGUCCAUUUUCCUGUGAUAAUUGUGAUGCAGCCUUUGCGCAGAGGCGCAACCUCGUGCUGCACAUGCGCACCCACACAGGCGAACGUCCCUUUUCCUGUGGCCACUGCGAUGCAUCCUUUUCAGUGAAGCGCAACCUCAGUAGUCACGUGCGCGCCCACACAGGAGAGCGUCCGUUUUCCUGUGGCCACUGUGAUGCAUCCUUUUUAUCCAGAAGCAACAUGAAGCGACAUAUGCGCACUCACACAGGCGAACGUCCCUUUUCCUGUGGCCACUGUGAUACAUCCUUUGCACGAAAAAGCAGCCUCGUAGUGCACACUCGUACCCACACAGGAGAGCGUCCAUAUUCCUGCAUCUACUGUAAUGCAUCUUUUUUCCGAAGAAGCACGUUCAAUCGCCACAUCUUAGGACUUCAUCCCAAGGAAGCCCUGAAAGGCAGGGGUGCCAGUGUUCCUAAUGUGGAGGUAACUUGACUGAUUUAUUCUGCUAGAAGGUGACCUUAUAAAAAACAAAACUCUUUACUGCCGAGUGUUGCAAAUUCACGACAUGCUGGAAAACUCUGAGCAAGCAAGUGAAGAAAUUUGUGCCGCCUUUAACGCCGGUUGUGAAGCUCUCACAAGGGACAUAGCUUUCAGCAGGGAAAAUCUAGCACUGUUUUCUGUAAAGAAUUUCAUGCUCGAACCAGGUGUUGUGUAGCUGAUGGUAGAGCUUCUCAAUGCAUGCUCAACGUCUCUCCCUUCAUUUUUGAUCCCCUGAGUAACAUAGCUUAGUCUUCUGUAAUUUUUGUGGUGUAAUAAAUGCAAGCUUGCUACUCAGAGCUGAAAAUAAGAAAAGAAUUUUUUUUGGCAGUGUGAUAAUUCAGGAAUUAAAAGGCCAAGGUGCCCCGAAAAGUUUUCACA